AUGGACAGUGAAAUUGAAGAAGACAGUGUGCCAAGUAAACGGUCACAAAAACGCAAUCCCAAGCAAAUUGCUGAAAAAUCAGUGACGGAUAACCCGGAAUCGGAAAAUUCUGAGUCUGACACGGAAAUAAAUGAAAGAGGAGCUAAGAAAAGAAGGAUUGAAGAAAUUAUUGCUAAAAAGGUGGAAGAAAUUUUAGGGAAAGUACGACCAACGACCGACCCUAACAUUCUCACACAACUUAACAACAAAAACGCCGAUAUUGUCCCGCCGUUCGAACCGGAAUCCAGUGAGGUGACAUCCAGUGGAUGGUUGAAUAAAAUCGACCAACUAGGUCUCAUCCACGGUUGGAGCGAUGAAACGAAAUCUUUUUACAUGCAAGCAAAACUCGCUGGAAUUGCUAGAAUAUGGUACAAUGGACUACAAGAGUACGAUAAAUCAUGGCACGACUGGAAGAAAUCGCUUCUGGAAGCCUUUCCGUCUCACGAGUAUUUUGUGGACAAUGUGAAGAAAAUGAUGCAAAGGAAAAAGCAGGCUAAUGAAAGUAUGAUGCAUUAUUACUACUCAAAAUGUAGUCUGAUUCGCAAAUGUGAGAUUUCCGACAACAACGCCGUAUCGUGCAUCAUCGACGGGCUUCCCAUCGAAUACCAAGGUACCGCAAAAUCUGGUAAUUUCAGAACGCCUGAAGAACUGUACAAAAGACUUCUUUGCAAAAUCGAUGGAUCCGUGCCGAAAACAAGCGAAUUGACCAAAAGUCUACCAAAGUGCGAAAUUUGCAAAAAACCUGGACACGUCGCCAGGAACUGUUUCUUCAAGUCUCCACAGGAAAAUCACGAAAAAACGAGGACUACGAAGAAAUGUUCCCACUGCGGUAAAUUAGGGCACGAACGAGAAAACUGCUGGUAUCUAAACCCCCGCAAGGUUCAUCUCCUACAAAGAAAUAUCCACAAGUUUAACGGACGGAAGGAGACGAGGACGUCACGUUAG